AUGGGGCUGGAGCGCGGCCGACGAGCCUGUCUCGCACUCACGCUGAACUUUGUGGCGUUGGCGCUGGCCGUCUCGGCGGUCACCACCCCCUACUGGUGCGAGGGCACGCGCAAGGUGGUCAAGCCCUUCUGCGAGGGGCCGGUGACUGCGGUCAAGCAGACCCACUGCAUCCGCUUCAACAGCUCCAACAUCAACGACAGCCGGCAGGUGCAGUACAUCUACGAGACGGGCGAGGACAAGUUCCUCAUGAGGAAGUUCCACACGGGCAUCUGGUUGUCCUGCGAGCAGGCCGCCGACAAUAUCGGCUUCACUUGUCGAGACUUUUCAGAGAUUGCACCUGAACGGGAGCGAGGAGUGCUGUGGCUCUGCAUUGUAGCAGAGUGUCUGUACAUCUCCCUGCUGUUCAUAGGCGGAGCCCUCAUGUCUUUGGAGAUGUGCCACUGCUGUAACAUGAUGAACAGGCUCAAGCUGAACGCCUUUGCGGCCCUGUGUACAGCCUUGUCAGGUCUCUUUGGGAUGUUGGCUCACAUGAUGUUCACGACAGCCUUCCAGCUGGCAGUCAUGAUUGGUCCAGAGGACUGGAGGCCCAAGACGUGGGACUACAGCUGGUCCUACCUUUUGGCGUGGGCAUCCUUCGCCACCUGCAUGGGCUCGGCGGUGACGGCGCUGAACCGCUACACCAAGACCAUCAUCGAGUUCAAGUUCAAGCGGAAGCACAUCGAGAAGAACCUGCGCAUCAAGCAGAAGCUGCUGGAGCUGGACCUGCCCGACCAGCUGCAGGUGUGGGACAUGUACCUGCCCCCUGGGCCCGCGCUGGACCUGCCCGGGCCCGAGCCGUCGUCACCGCCGCCACACCUACCCAGCGCCAACGGCUUCAAGCCUCCCAGCGGCCAGUCCGACCUGCUCGACCUGGACCUGAACGGAGACAUGGAGCUCCCAGGAGAGGAGGAGUACUGCUGA